AUGGCGGUGGGCUAUCACCCCCGCAUGGAAGCCCCCUCCGCUAUUCCGCGGCCCAGCGGACUACCUACAUUAAGGCACUCGAGUGCGGGCGCCGUCACGGCUGCCGGCCAACGGCACCGUCACGACGCUGGAACAGACGAGUGGCCGGCGGGGACCGCCAUUCCUCUACCGGGAGACCCGGGGCCGUUUUUCCUGGGCGAGUGGCGGAAGAGCUCCGACGCGUAUCAGCACGCUGUGGGCGCGGGGGAACCGCAUAAGGCAUGGGAGACGGAAAAAGCAUGGGAGGCGCAAAAGGCGGUGGAGGCGCAAAAGGCGGUGGAGGCGCAAAAGGCGGAGGCGGCGCAAAAGGCAGCGGAUCUGAAGCGGAGGGUGAAGGAGCUGGAGCGAGCUAGCCGCGAGCAGGAUAGGGAACUCGCGUCGCUGAGAUGCCAGAAAAUUGCAGCAGAGCAGAGCCUGCGACGGGAAAAGGAAGCUUCCGCGUUGCUGCAGCAGAUGUUGCAGCAGGAGCGGGAGACGAAGGCGGUGAUGCUAGCGGCGCGAGAGGACGAGGCCGUCGAGAUCGACGGCGAGAAACGCGCUCUGAUUGCGCGGAGCAGGCAGCUGGCGGCGAGGGUGGAGCGAGCGGAGGAGCGAAUGGAAGGGCUGGAGCAGGAGAAGGAGGCCGUUAUCCUCGAUCGCGACGCGAUUGCUAUGGAGUCGGAGGUGUUGGUGGAGCGACUCGGGGAGGUGGAACAGACGGUGGAGAUGCUUCGGCAGGAGAACGUGAAUCUCGAGGCGGAGCUGCUGGCCGCACAGCGGUCGCGAGAUACGUACUGGACGCACAGUAUUUCACUGUACCAGGAUAAAGCAAAGCUGGAAGAGCAGUUAGCACAACUAAGCAGCAUCAGCAGCAACCUUGCCAACUCAGGAGGCAGGACCAAGGCUGCAGCCACUGCGGGUAGGAAAAGCCAGACCCCCAACAGGGCAGGAGCAGGCGGACCAGCAGGAGCAGCAGCAGCAGCGGGUGGCGGGCGACGAAACUCCCUCCCAUUUCCUAAUCCACGCUCAUCAGCAACCCCUUUUUCCUCCCUAGAGACCUUCACGUCCCCAUUUGCACUCAACCCAACCACUCUCAACUCCGUCCCACAGCUGCUGAAGCAGCAGCUCGCGUUUGGCACAGUGUACGAGUGCCCACCGCUGCUCGCAUCAGCAUCCAUGUCACAGCACGGUGGGCUCAACAUGGUGCGAGCAGCCAGCGUCGCCAGUGGGGCCCUUUGUACUGCUAAUGCUGCUGCUGGUGGUGGCGCAUUCAGUGCACCAGGGGGGUUUGACUCAGCAGGCAUGCGCAGGAGUGGGAGCUUCAAUGCAUGCCAGACAUCGUCUUCCGCUCUCCUCACGCGCAGCCUCUCAAGCAACACGGCGGAGCACAGGGCACGGCAGGCCAGCAGCGGCAUGCUGGCAGCGGCGGCAGCUAGUGGUGGCAGGAGUGAGAUCUUGAAUGGAGCUGCAGGCCUGGCUGCCGUGCAUGAGGGCCCUGAAUGA